AUGUAUGACCUAACAAGAUUUUUGGUCAUUCUAAUGCUUUUUGUUGCUGGCUUCACGCUUCAUGUUACCUCGAUUUUUCAGCCAGCCUAUCAGCCAGUUGAUGAAGACAGUGCUGAGUUGAUGAGGCCACCUCUACAUCUUGUUCCUGAUUUUGCCAAAAUUGUAUUGAAAGCAAUUUUCGGCAUAUACAUGAUGGUAACAUUGAUCGUUUUGAUCAACUUACUAAUUGCAAUGAUGUCCGAUACGUACCAGCGCAUUCAGGCACAAUCAGACAAAGAAUGGAAAUUUGGUCGAGCAAUUCUUAUCCGCCAAAUGAAUAAACGCUCUGGCACACCCUCGCCCAUCAAUAUGCUAACUAAAUUUUAUGUUGUACUCAAAGUUGCCUACAGGAAUAAACGUAACUUUUAA